AUGUCGUUCAAAAAGGAUGAAGAAGUGUCAUUCCGACAUGACAAAACUGCAGUGAUUCAAGAGGCACGCAUGUUUAAUCAGUCCAACAUCAGCCCACGGCGUUGUCGUAUACUGCUCACAAAGAUCCUGUACCUGCUGUAUACGGGUGAACGGUUUUCGCAGCAGGAAGCCACCGAUUUGUUCUUUGGUGCGACAAAGCUAUUCCAAAACAAAGAUGCGGGUCUUCGCCAAAUGGUGUACCUCGCCAUCAAGGAACUGGCGCCAUAUGCGCAGGACGUCAUUAUGGCUAUGGCUUCGAUCAUGAAGGACAUGCAGCCCAACACUGAGGUCGUGUACCGUCCAAAUGCCAUCCGGGCGCUGAUGCGCGUUAUUGACCCAAGCAUGGUGCAGGGUCUUGAGCGCUACCUCAAGUCCGCGAUUGUGGAUCGCCAUCCCAGCGUGUCUUGUGCGGCCUUGGUCUCGUCGUACCAUCUAUACUUCGAAUCGCGCGAUACCGUGAAGCGCUGGGGCAACGAAAUGCAGGAGGCUAUUAAUAUGCGGCCCAGUAUUACACAAAGUAGCCCAUCCUUUGGUGGUUUCGGCGGCCUGCGUCCAGGGCUCACUCUCCGUUUUGGGGGUGACCGCCAAAAUAGCCCCGUGGAACAGGUCAAUAUGCCGAGCAUGAGCUAUAUGAUGCAGUACCAUGCGCUCGGUCUCUUGUACUUGACACGUCAGGGCGACCGCAUCGCUGUGACUAAAAUGGUGCAGCAACUGGGUCAGCCCCGCCAGGGUGUGGUGAUCCGCAACCCAUAUGCACUCUGUAUGCUGGUGCGCUAUGCAGCCAAGAUUGCCGAGGAAGACCCGAAUAUGCGUGCACCACUAACACAAAUGCUCGAGGGCUGGCUGCGUCACAAGAGCGAUAUGGUCAACUACGAGGCUGCGCGUGCGCUGUGCACUAUGAGCGGUGUGAGCGUGGAGCAGCAAACUCGCGCUAUUUCCGUGUUGCAAAUGUUCUUAUCAUCGCCACGCACGGUGCUCAAGUUUGCAGCUGUGCGAACGCUCGCCGAACUGGCGCAAGUGCGGCCUGCGGCGAUUCAGUCGUGCAAUGUCGACAUGGAGAGCCUCAUUACCGAUCCAAACCGCAGUGUCGCUACGUAUGCGAUCGCGACGCUGCUGAAAACAGGCAACGAGUCUAGUGUCGACCGCCUUAUCAAGCAGAUCAGCGGAUUUAUGUCGGACAUUAGCGACGAGUUCAAAGUCAUUGUCGUCGAUGCAAUCCGCAGCUUGUCGUUCAAGUUCCCCUCCAAGCAGUCGGCGAUGCUGACGUUCCUCGCUGGUGUGCUUCGCGAUGAGGGUGGCUACGAAUUCAAGCGUGCAGUGGUUGAGGCCAUCUUUGCGAUGGCGCGGUACGUGAAGGGCUGUAAGGAGGCAGCGCUGAGCCACCUGUGCGAAUUUAUUGAAGACUGUGAAUUCACUAAACUCAAUGUGCGAAUCCUGCACUUGCUUGGCUCAGAGGGUCCUCACAUGCCUGAGCCACACAAGUACAUUCGCUUUAUCUACAACCGCGUGAUCCUGGAGAAUGCCAUUGUGCGCGCUGCUGCCGUGAACAACCUGGCCAAGUUUGGCAUACACAACAAGCACUUGACCGACCGCAUCCGUGUGCUGCUGCAGCGCUGCCUCGAGGAUGUUGAUGACGAGGUACGUGACCGUGCGACCUUUGCGCUACAUCUUCUCGAUUCGUCUGCGUCCCCUGCGCCCUCUGCUUUGGCGGCUGUGCCGCUGAACGAAGCCCCACCGAACCUAGAGGUGCUGGAGCAGAGCUUGCAAGCGUAUGUCGACUCGAUGGCCACAUCGAAACCCUUCGACUACGACAGCGUACCACGCGUGUCAGAGGAUGCAGCAACCGAGGCACCACCGAGCGACUCGCUGCUGACACUUCAUGGCACGUCAUCGUCUAUGGGCGUCACUGAGGCGGGUGCCAGUGCUGCGACAACUGCCGAUAUCGAAGGCACACCUCUGGUUGAUACAUAUGCUGACCAUGCCUCGUUGCUCGGCAACAUUUCUGAGUUUGCAUCAUACGGCACACUGCUCACAACGUCCCCCAUCAGCGCGCCUGUGCAGCUGACAGAGGCCGAAACCGAGUACAUUGUGACGGCAUACAAGCACGUAUUUGCGGAGCAUAUUGUGCUCCAGUACAAUGUCACAAAUACGCUGGCCGAAACUGUGCUUGAAGAUGUCGUCGUGGUGGUUGGUGGCCUCAUGGAGGCCGGCCUCGACGAGGAGUUCAUUCUGCCCAUCCCUCGACUCUCGGCUGCCGCUCCCAGCGGCACAGUCUACGUGUCACUGCGCCGUGAUGCCAACCUACCAUUCCCUGUGGCCACGCUUAGCAACACGCUGCGCUUCACCUCCAAGGAGGUCGACCCCUCCAGUGGCGAGCCGGAACCAGAAGGAUACCAGGACGAGUACCAGACAGAAGAGCUGGACCUGGGUGUAUCUGACUAUAUCCAACCGGCCGACCUCGACUUUGCUGCCACAUGGGACCAGCUGCCUGCCUCGGCUAGCGAGACCUUCGCUCUCACGGCCCUCGACAGCCUCGAUGCUGCAUGCUCUACGCUCGUUGAAAUUCUGGGCAUGCAGGCUCUCGGCGGCACAGACGUACCCGCCAACCCAAGCGUGCAUACCAUGACGCUGGCUGGUCGCCUCGCGAACACCACCGGCAUCGACACGGUGCUGGCACGCGUCCGCAUGAUGCACCAGCCUGAAGAAGGUAUCACCAUGGAAUUGUCGGUUCGUGCACCGAGCGACGAGGCAUGCCUGUUUAUCUUAUCCGCCAUUGCAUAG